AUGGCGGCAGUGGGGGAAGCGGGCACCCGCCGGCUGCCUGCACAAGAGGGGCCGCGUGCACUCCAAGCGCCCGUGCAGCAGGCCCGAGCCACCAAGGCGCGGGUCAUGUAUGAUUUCACUGCUGAACCUGGAAAUAAUGAGCUGACCGUCAAUGGAGGAGAAAUCAUCACCAUAACAAAUCCAGAUGUUGGCGGAGGCUGGCUAGAAGGCAAGAACAGCAGAGGGGAGCGAGGCCUCGUGCCCACAGACUACGUUGAAAUUUUACCAGCUGAUGGAAAAGAUCCAUUCUCUUGUGGAAAUUCCGUGGCUGACCAAGCCUUCCUUGACUCGCUCUCGGCCAGCACAGCUCAAGCCAAUGCGUCCGCAGCCACCAGUAACAAUCAGGUCAGUGGAGGCAGUGACCCCUGGUCCUCAUGGGGUGCAUCCAAACCUGGGAACUGGGAGGGCACAGACGGCUGGGGAGCCAAGCCCGAGGGUGCCGCCGCCCAGAGAAACUCCAACAACUGGUACACCGCCUUCGGCCACCUGCAGGCCUACCAAGGACCAGCAACGGGUUACGAUGACGACUGGGAUGAAGACUGGGAUGAGGCCAAGUCCACGUCCUCACCUUACUUCAAGGACACGGAGUCCGCAGAUACAACGCGUGCCCAGCGAGGGGUCAGCCGGGCCGGGACGUCAUCCAUGAAGCUGCCGCUGAACAAGUUUCCUGGAUUCGCAAAGCCAGGGCUGGAGCAGUAUCUGUUGGCCAAGCAGCUAGCGAAGCCCAAAGAGAAGAUUCCCAUCAUUGUUGGAGAUUAUGGCCCCAUGUGGGUUUACCCUACCUCUACGUUUGACUGUGUGGUGGCCGAUCCCAAGAAAGGCUCCAAGAUGUACGGUCUGAAGAGCUACAUCGAGUAUCAGCUGACGCCCACGAACACUAACCGAUCGGUUAACCACCGGUAUAAGCACUUUGACUGGUUGUAUGAGCGUCUCCUGCUGAAGUUUGGGACGGCCAUUCCCAUCCCUUCCCUUCCAGAUAAGCAGGUGACAGGUGGCUUUGAGGAGGAGUUCAUCAAGAUGCGCAUGAAGAGGCUCCAGGGGUGGGUGACCCGCAUGUGUCGUCACCCUGUCAUCUCCGAGAGCGAGGUUUUCCAGCAGUUCCUCAACUUCCGGGACGAGAAGGAGUGGAAGACCGGAAAGAGGAAGGCGGAAAAGGAUGAGCUGGUGGGACUGAUGGUGUUUUCCACCAUGGAGCCCGAGGCCCCUGACCUGGACUUGGUGGAAAUAGAGCAGAAGUGUGACGCCGUGGGCAAGUUCACCAAAGCCAUGGAUGACGGUGUGAAGGAGCUGCUGACCGUUGGCCACGAGCACUGGAAGCGCUGCACAGGACCAUUACCCAAGGAGUACCAGAAGAUAGGCAGGGCCCUGCAGAGCCUGGCCACCGUGUUCAGCUUGAGCGGCUACCAAGGUGAAACAGAGCUCAAUGAUGCGAUAACAGAAGCAGGAAAGACCUGUGAAGAAAUCGCCAGUCUCGUGGCUGAGCAACCAAAGAAAGAUCUCCACUUCCUGAUGGAAUGCAAUCAUGAAUAUAAAGGUUUCCUGGGCUGCUUCCCCGACAUUAUUGGCACUCACAAGGGAGCAAUAGAGAAAGUGAAAGAAAGUGAUAAGCUGGUGGCAGCCAGUAAGAUCACCCCGCAGGACAAGCAGACCAUGGUGAAGCGGGUCGGCACCAUGUCAUACGCGCUGCAGGCCGAGAUGAACCAUUUCCACAGUAACCGGAUCUAUGAUUACAACAGUGUUAUCCGCCUCUACCUGCAGCAGCAGGUGCAGUUCUACGAGACGAUCGCAGAGAAGCUGAGGCAGGCCCUCGGCCGCUUCCCGGUGAUGUGA